UUUCUGCCUGACUCUAUCGCUUGUCGAAGUGUGUCGCGCGUCGACGUGGAGAUGCUUGCGACCAUCGUUCUGUUGCUCGGUUUGGUGUCAUGUGGGGCCCAACAUGGAGACGACAGUAAAGGCAGACGAAUAAGAAAUCUGGAUUCGAAUGGAAUUCCGAAAGCCGUGGAGGAGUUCAGCAACGAGGCCCAGCUGCCGAGGUUCGCGGAGCCCAUUCCCAAUGUGACGGUGACGGUCGGCAGGGACGCUCUGCUAGCCUGCGUCGUCGACAAUCUGCGCGGCUACAAGGUGGCCUGGGUGCGUGUCGAUACGCAGACCAUCCUGUCGAUCCACCACAACGUGAUCACGCAGAAUCCGCGCAUCUCGCUGUCGUACAACGACCACCGCUCCUGGUACCUGCACAUUAAGAACGUGCACGAGACGGACCGCGGCUGGUACAUGUGCCAAGUCAACACCGACCCGAUGCGCAGCCGCCAGGGAUACCUCCAGGUUGUGGUGCCGCCCAGCAUCGUGGACCGGGAGACGAGUACGGACAUGGUGGUGCGCGAGGCGGCCAACGUGACGCUCACCUGCAAGGCGGUCGGCUACCCCGAGCCCUACGUCAUGUGGCGGCGAGAGGACGGGGACGACAUCAACUACAACGGCGACAGCGUGAACGUGGUGGACGGGGAGGUGCUGACCAUCACCAAGGUGAGCCGGCUGCACAUGGGCGCCUACCUGUGCAUCGCCUCCAACGGCGUCCCGCCCUCCAUCAGCAAGAGGGUGCUGCUGCGAGUGCAGUUCCCACCCAUGCUGUCGAUACCAAAUCAACUAGAGGGAGCGUACAUCGGACAGGAUGUGACGCUGGAGUGCCACACAGAAGCCUAUCCGACGUCCAUCAACUACUGGACGACGGAGAAGGGUGACAUGAUCGUCUCCGGAGAUAAAUACGAGGCUGUGUCGAUGGACAACGGCUACAACAAGUACAUGAUGCUGAAGAUCCGCAGCGUAAGCAAGAGCGACUUCGGCUCGUACAAGUGCGUCGCCAAGAACUCCCUGGGGGAGACGGAUGGCGUAAUCAAACUGGACGAGAUUCCUGCGCCGUCCACUACGUCUACUACCACGGACAUCUCCGUGACCAAACCCAACACACUUCGGAAAAAGACAGGCAUGGACGACGACGAGUUCACGCUGGCGUCCCCGGGCCUGCCCACGGUGCGCCGGCCCGCCGCGGCCACCAAGGCGGGCGCCGCCCCCGCGCUGCCGCCGCCCCCGCUGCUGCUGCUGCUGCCGCUGCUGCACGCGCUCACUCUGACGGCGGGCUCCGCCCCCGCCAGCUGACUCGCGACCCGCUGACGGUCGCCGCGUCCGCCUCUCGCCGCCGCCGCCGCCGCCGCCGCCGGCGCGCCCCCAGUACAAAACGCGCCGUAACUCACGCCGCUCUUGUGUUCGGAACUGGCGGAGGAGCUCGCGCUGACGAGCGACGUCGCCGUCGACGAGCGCCGGGCGGUGGCUGCGGGUGACAGCGAGGGAGGCUGGCGCUGAGGUCCCGCCACAGAGACUGUGGCCUGGCAGCGCGGCGGGUCCCGCCUUAGGUUACUACUGUCCUUUCGUUGGUUCCGUGCAGGAAAGUUUUGUAAUACGUGGUAAUUAGAGCUUGAUUGAAGCGUGGCUACGACUUCCAAGUGUAAAAAAAAAAAAAUCAUAGCUUGUACUCGUACUAUUUAUACGCCAACCUUUUUUCAUAAGACGUGCAAGGAUAAGUCUCGUAAAAUUUAAGCUUCGGGGAAAUAACGACAAAUACACUCUCCCUUAGGUCCUCCGUGUAGCGCAAGCGGUGGCAACUUUUGUUUGUGUGGACUUAAAUUUGCUUACCUACGGAAAGAAAUGUACAUUACCCGUAUACCUACGUUACGCACCUUGGUCCACUAACUUAAUUACGAAAGGGAAUGAAUCUGAACCAUCGCACCCAAAUUUGGAUGAAAGUGACGAUUCACUUAAUGUAUUAAAUGAUUAGGUGACAUUUCAAAAUCUAAGUAGGUUGUUAUAAAAAAUCUAGAAAGAAAUGUGAGUGCCAAAAGAUGUACAGUCUAAUGAUUCACCACUGUAUCGACAAGCAUGAACCGAAGUAAGUUAUCUUAAAGUACUGGUAGUGUGGUAAGCUCCUAGAUCUCUCUAAAGGUAUGCAGGCUAAGAUUGUGACACUUAGGCCAAACAGGUUCAUAUCCAUGUGUAAACGUAGAGUACCCGUUGUCAUCCGAGCCAUGACUUGCAAAUUACCCAAAAAGUAAUGACACUAAAAUUUCGACACAUCACCAUUAUCAUCAUCAUCAUACAUUCGAAGCGUGUAUGUGAUACUUUUGUUCGAGUUCUACCAUACUGAAAUUAUACGAGGGCUGGUAAUGUCCGAUUUGUAGCGAAAUGGAAACGACAGUGAAAAUAAAAAUAUUUUUAUUUGCAACAAUUUCUUAUACCUUCCGACAAACUCUCUGUAUAGUCACCGCUCCGGCUGAGACGUUCCUGGUACCUAUUUAAAAAAUAGUUGUAGAUUGCAGAAUGUAGCAAUAGAGCGUUGCUGUACCAAGGUGCCAAAAUGAAAUGGAAUAAUUUUUCUUGGUAUUGUACCAAAUUUUUUGUAAUCUCAUCAUAAGGCAGCCUCCUGUGCGUUCCGUCAGUUCUCUGUGCUGCAACUUGUUGUCGGUGUCAGAAUGUUGUCUUUAUAGUCAGCGGCUCACGUCAGCUGAGACGAGAAUCGGAGGGAUCCAAGUCUGGGCUGUAUAGUGGGUGAUCAUGAAGAAGGGAAGGCAUGACACUUACGCCGUGUGGGCUGCAUGAAACCAGGUAAAAUCUCUCACAGCUAUCCAUAUGUGCCAGGACACGCCAUUUUCUAGGCAUCUUUAUGUGCGCACUGUCCGCUCAGAACUAACAAGAGUGAUGUGGCCCGAGCGACGGGCCAACACAUCCGUACAAAGCUUCAUCGGAUUUUUACGUCGUUUCCACUGCGCGACCGAUCGAACUUUAAUUUCCGAAUAGUCCUCGUACUUACGUUGGUUUUUACACUUUUUAGUAGUUAUCUCAUGCUAAAUUAGUUACCAAUUUAGGCAGCCUGACAUGUCAGUAGGAUUUAUUUGCCGUUUACUGCAAACAAUUUCCAGCAGCCGGCGAACUGAUGUUUUUACUAAUUUUUUGCACCUGCCCUGUGUUAGACCUCGUUUCGUUUCAGCCACAUCUUGGUAAACUGCGAGUGAGGUAUGUGAUUUGGGAUUGCGAAUUCUUAGAAGUGAAUUUUCGUAAACUUUCUAAAAUUUUGGUUGGAGUAGGGAGCUGGAAAUAAUUUCAGUAAAUAGCUGUCAGAAUACUACCCUAGUAAAAGAAAAAAAUAGUAACCUAAAUGCCUCCCUCUAGGUUUACUGGAUUUUACCUGCCAACUCCCUGCCUUCGUAUACCUUGACCUGAAAACUAAUCCAUCAAAUACAGAUGUGUUCGCAUACACCGUAUACGAGAGUCGAUACAGCGAGAACACAUGUACCCAGUUUUCUAAUGCUAGCUUUUACAACACCUAAACUACUCUGAAAUAUGUCUUGCAACUCAUAACCAACCGAAUUUGUCAAUCCGGUCAAGAAGUCAGUAAUCUAUUAUUUAAUAGAAACAGACAUUCAGUGUUUUCUUCCUAGGUAAAGACACUAGCAGCCUCGAAGUACAGCAUUGUAUGAAGGUUGGACAAUAAUUAUACUGUAUAAUUUUAGCAGUCACUUCCAUUUUUACGCUUAUGUACCGCCUAUCGAAAAAGACUUGUUUAUUUUCUGUGAUGUGUCCUUAGGGAGAGUGAUUUUUAAAAACUGCUGUUUUAAAUAAUGUACAGGCCUAUGCAGCAGUACUGUGAAUAUUGUCUUGUAACAGACGAAAUCUAUUUUUUUGCAGCUGAAGAUUGCUUUACAUACAAAUACCUGAUGACUUCUAGUUGUACAAAAUAAAAGUACUCUCCUGUAUGUUGUUAAGGAAGGCAAUUAAUUUUCUUAUAUAAAUUUGAGGGAACCAGGAACGAAAACAAUAAAUUAAUAAUGCAUGCUGAAAUGAUAUAUAUGUAUAUGAUGUGCAGAGAUCACAUUCUUUGUGAGACUCCAGUGUACCCGAAAUAGACAUGUAUGAAAAUUGCAACUGUGUAUUAUAGCAGAAUAUUGUCCCAAAUAAAGACUAAGUUCGCAAUGAAA